AUGUACGGAGUAAGUGAAGCGCACAUCUUUGCUGGUCGACACUCUGUAGAAUCAGCUUGUUUCAUCGUCGCACGCACUAUUACCCCGCACGCGGGAGCCAAGUGUCAACUGCCCAUGCACCAUGCACAAUGCCGUACCACCUGUGUCUACGGCGUGCAGUCAUCUUCAUUCGACCGUCUCGUCGUGCCUUUCAUCCGAAUCCGUGUCGGUCGCUCUCUGCAUCAUUUCACCACAGGCGUGGAAGCCAUUGGGUGCAUUCUGUCCAUCGAACGUCCCUAUGCGAACCCUGUGUCGAGCAUCGGCCGGGCUAAAUCUCGCACCAACGCACGUGCACCAACUCCGGUGGAGGAGCCAUGUACGAUUCCACCGGCUUAUGGUGCUGCUGCUGCUGCUGCUGCUGCUGCUGUGCGACAAGCGCUGCAGAAAUCUAGGCCUGUGGUUUGCAAACUUCACGCCAUCGUACGAGCAGCUAGCUAG